AACCAGAGGGGGAAAUACAGAUUCCUCUCCCUAGUCGAGUCCCGAGUCCCUUCGCGCAACCCCUACUCCCUCUCGCUUCCGCUCCAUUCGAAACCCUAGCCACUCCCUGUCGCGCCGCUCCCCCAAAUCGGCGCCUCUCCUGCCCCGCCGCCGCCGCCGGAAAAGCUCCUGCCCCUCCAGCACCUCGUCCCCUCUCCGAGUCUCCGUCCAGACCACUUGCCCCAGAAUCCCAGAGGCAUCCAUGCUCACCCGCCGCCGGUGAAGCACAAGCACGGGACCCCAAGCCCACCUCUUCCUCCUCCUCGACCGCGCCGUCCUCCGCAUCCUCCUCCUCCGCCGCGUUGCUGCUGGGGAAGCUCUUGCUCCACCGGCGAGCUCCUCCUCCGCCUUGCCGUUGAUCUACUCGCUGCCGGCCGCCGCGCCUCAGAACGAUGUCGACACUUCCUGAACCCGAUCUGACGAUCACUGUGAGCCGGUCCUUGCAUCCGUUUCAGCAUUCAGAGGAAGAUGCCAGACAGCUCUUUGCAAAUCAUCCUUAUGCAGAAAAUUUCUUGUCCCCCAGCCAUUUGGAUGAAGAUUCAGAUCUUGCAGACCUGGAAGCAUUGGGUCCACAUCCUCUGCUUAACAGGCAGACCAAUGCUUGGCAACCAUUGAGAUGGAUCAAUAUUAGAAUCCAAGCUGCGGGAACUAAUCAUUGGAUUAUGCCUUUUCUGAGAGAUGAUAACUUAUAUGUUCGAGGUUUUGGUAACCGGCAUAAUGCUCAUGAGCUAAGUCAAAAUCUGUGUUUGCCAGGGAAAGACAAAGUGGAGGUUCUGUCCAGGCAACUUCCCCUGAAACUCAACUGCAUUCUCGUCAAUUGGGACGUCACGUACCCCAAGAUGUUCGGAUGCAAGGGUGAGCAUGCACUCGAAGCUGAAUUUCAAAGGAUCAUGAGUGAUGAAGAUUUUGUCUUUGAGGCAGUCUGUUUCUUGUCAAGUUAUGUUCACGUCGAGGGCAGUGAGGCUGAACAGAAAGCCAUGAAGUACUUAGCGGGCAUCACUUUCACACUGUGUGAGUUUUACAGAAUGAAGCUUUGGCUAACCAAUGUCCCAUUGCACCUUUGGAUACGUCUCUGGGGGGAUAUUUGUUUUGAGUACCUUAAGUGGAGGGAUCGAAACUUCACGGACUGGAUUUCGGACAGAGUUGCAAAAAAGAAGGGACAGAUUGGUGAGACAAGGAAACAGAAGCAUUUCAAAAAUCUGGGCAUCCAGAGGCCAGCUGAUGGUUUGCAAAUCUUAAGCCUUAUAAUCAACUGAAAUGUCACGUACUAUGACAACCUAGAGAAGAACAGAAGUAAGAAGAAUGUUAAAGUCUCUGAUGGAGGAGGAAAGGGUAACAGCCGGCUGAGUCAGAAGGGUGGUGGUGCAUCAAAUAUGCCACAAGAAGGCAAUACCAGUCAGGAAACAAAGGCUGCAAGUAAUAGCAACCAGAAAGGAGCUGUUUAUGGAGGUGACCAGAUUCAAUACAGCCAACGAGAGCUAUUGGAGGAGUUUGUGGGUUUGAUGAGCCACGAUACUGCAAGGACUCCCUUCCAUGGGGACGGCGCAGGGUCCAAAUUCUGAGAGUGAGUUCCAAUUUUGAAGUCGCUUGGAUGGAUUUCCAUGAUUGGCAUCGUCCACAGGCCAUCCAUAGAAGGAAGAUCAAUGAUCCAGCACGCACUGGACCAAUCAGUGAUCCACCAGUAAUCGGAGCAAUGACAGAUAUUGCAUUGAUUGGACCUGCGCGACCCAUCGGAGCAUAUACGGGGCUUGGACUUGAAUUCAGUCCUGCCAGGACUACAAACGGAGGAGAAGGGAGAAGACGCAACCAGAGGACGAUCAACGAGAGGGGAGCAAUUGUUGAGUCAUGGGAGGUGGAUAGUUAUAAUGAUGAGCCAAGUUUUCAUCGCAAGGAAAUUGCUGGGGAGUGGGAAGGUCAGAAGAUACAAAUAUCUUAUAUGAUUGUGCCUGAUACAGUGGAAGCCAGAAUCAAGGUGAAGCUACUGCUCGCAGGAGGAAGCCGCUAUCAUGUGACAGGUUUCAUAAAGGCAUGGGAUGACAACAUGGGACACGAAUUUGUAAGGCUCUUGUCAGAUUCAGACCAAACAGUGGAGGUGCCCUCUGACCAAUGGACUCCACUUCCUUUGAUGAUUUCUCUGUUGUGUCUGAGCAAUGCUGAGGAAGUUCAGUUGAAAGUCGCUGCAUAUCUCACUUUCCGUUCAUGCUCGAACAGUGAGGAGCAAGCACUGAAUGUGUCUCCUGAUCAAUGCUUCAAGCUCAGCCAAAGAGCUGCCAGACAAGAACGUGAGGUCAUGGGCAACAGAAUUUCUGUGGCUGUGAAAUUCAGUACUUGAAUUUCAACUAGAAACACAAUUUAAGGCUGGGCAACAGACUCUGUUCUCUUCCAGCGCAAGUUUCAGGAUGUGUUUCAGACAAUUGCUGUCCAGCUACAUAAAGUUCAUGAUUCUUCUGCUUGCUUCUCUUCAGCCAUUGUACUUCUUCAUGGCUGUCCUCUGUUUCUUUGGCAGCACAUUUUCAGAUCGUGUCCCCUCUAGCUGCCUUCACUUGUUGGUCAUGGUGUUCAUCAGUAGGGGUUCUUGCUCCCUUGCUACUUUCUAGGACAUCUAUUCAGCUCUACAUUUUCAGAUUCUGCUGUUUCUUUUCUUCCUAUUUUCUGCCCUCUAGUUAAAUAUUAGCAUGUAGACUUUGAUCUUGGUAUCAUUUGCAUUAACGUUGUGAUGUGCCAGGUUUAAAAAGUUGUUCGCUUAGUGAUGAAAGAUGAGGCGAUGAAUGCAAAAGCGGGCAAGCGAUUGUUAC